AUGCCAGCCUUCGGCAGCAAGACAUUUCGACCGUCAUCAUUCAGCAAUACGGCUGCGGCACGAUAUCGAUCUUCCCUCCAACGACAUCCAUUCCUUCUCUUCGGCGCACCCUUCAUCCUCAUAAUGGUGGCAGGAAGCUUUUUCCUAACCCCCGCAACCGCUUUGAGAUAUGCACAGCACGAUCGAAAGGUCAAACAAGUUUCGGAAAAGGAGGCAAUGGGCGUUCUGGGGAAAGAGCGGAAGCCCUUUGAUAUCAAAGAGGAGUACUAUCGCCUUGCGGCGAAAGAUUUGGACAAUUGGGAACAGAGGCGUGUCAAGCGACUUCCGGGUGAGCCAGAUGGCGUGAUCUGA